UUGUCUCUUUUCUGCCUGAAUACGACAGCCAGAAAAACUGUGGACACCACCUGCUAUUUUGGUAUUCAACGCAUCAAAACUAUGAAUUAUAGGACUGUUGUAAUGUACCUUGAAAUAGGUUCCUUUGUGACCUGUGUGGUUGGAUGGAUCUUGGUUUGUUCCACCAUGCAGAUGGAAUACUGGGCACUGUCAGAGGUCACAUCUACAGUCCUCAUUACAAGUCACUUCUAUUCCAACCUAUGGAAAGACUGUACCAGUGAUUCAACUGGGAUGACUGACUGCAAGCAGUUUCCGACAUUGCUUGCUUUGCAACCUUAUAUCCAUUUGUGUCGAGCUCUAAUCAUCAUCUCUGUAAUACUGGGAAUAUUUGGAGCCAUUCUUGCCCUGGUAGGGAUGAAGUGCACCAAACUUGGUGGGUCAGAAAUGGUGAAUGCAAGAGUUACCUUUGGUGCUGGCAUUAAUUAUCUCACAUCAGGUCUUUGCUCCAUUUUUGCUUACAGCUUCUAUGGACAUAAAGUUAUUGCAGAGUUUCUUGAUCCCAACUAUACGGCAAAAAAGUUUGAAAUUGGAGCAGCACUUUAUAUUGGGUGGAGUGGAUCUGUUCUUCUUAUAAUUGGGGGACUGAUUUACAGCAUCUUUGGAGGAAAGGAAUGUUGUCAUUCAAGCCCAACCUCUAAAGAGAGUUUCACAUAUUCAGUAUAUGGCAUACCCUCUUCUGAAGUAACAGAGCUGAGCAAACAAGCAAUGAAACAUCCAUCUUCACUUCAUCCUCAGCUUGAAAUCAAGAGGUCUGAGCACGCUAACAGGGCUAAAGGCUAUAAGAGGAAUGAAUAUGUUUAGCUUAUUCUUGUUAUUAACAUUGUGGUUGGAAAUGGGGACAAAACUGUCAUACAAUACAGUAUGUACCUCCAAUUAGGAGUUUUUCCUGAGCAUCAGAGUACAAGCUCGGCGCUUAAGCCACAUAUUAGAAUAUCCAGAUAUUUACUAAGUGUCAUGCUCCACCCCAGACAUCCACUCCCGAGAUCACGGAUCUCUCACGCCAGCGCCGAUCCGGAUCCAGGACAGGAAUCCCUUCUCACCCAUAUUCACAUCCUGGUUUUCACUGCUGUGUAUAAAUAAGCCGUUCUCAGACUCUGACUUUGCCAGAACGUCUCGUUUGCUUCUUUAGCCGUGCCUCUGCUGUUCAUGGUUAUUCUCUUUAGUGACUUUUUUUCUUGUUCAUGGUUUUUGCACUAGCAUUCUUCUGGUUCAUGGUGUUUUUUGCACUAAGGGUUAUUUCUGAUUCAUGGUUUCUUGCACUAAGAAAAUUCUUGUUCAUGGUUUUUUGCUUUAUUGCACCAGUGGUUUUGUCUUUGCCUGUCAUGUUUUUGUCAAGUUGU